CAUUACCUGCUCAACCUAAAUGUAAAGUCUAAAUAUCAAGUUCGUUAGGCUUGCUUCAUGUGAAAAAAGCGCUUAUUACUAUAUUUUGCUUGUCUGAGCAUAUUCUUUUUCAUUUUGGGAAACGCUAGCAAUCGAAUGAAUGAAAAGAGUUUUGAAAAAAAAUCUGAAACACGCAAUGCCAUGCAAGAACCCAUGGAAGAGGACGACUCUGAGACUGAUUCCCCAUGUGACCCGAAUACAAUUUUCCUAUCAUAUCAUCCUCAUGAACUUCACAAAGUGAAUCCUAUGUCUAUAUAUAAAGAAUAUGGGGGGAACUGGAAGUGCGACAACUGUGGAAAAGAAUCUGGGCCAUUGCACUAUCCAUACCACUGCAAAGCCUGCAGUUAUGAUAUCUGUAAGAAAUGUAGCCAAGGAGUGAGACUGGAUGCUCAUGAACAUCCACUCUUUUACACCAACACUUCACGGUUGUUUCAUCAGUCUGACAAUGGAGUUUGGAAAUGUGCUACUUGCUCUAGGUCCAGCAGUGAGACUGGACAAACACACUCUCUGCAUUGUUCAUUGUGUGACUUUGAUCUGUGUCUUGAAUGUGCUACACCUAGACAGUAUUUGAUCCACUGCCAUCCUUUGGCUACUGUCAAAACAAGCAUUGUAUAUCCAAGUACUGGUGGAAACUGGGCUUGUGAUUUCUGUGGAAGAACAAGUAGACCCAAUGAAAGGUAUUCCCGCCAUUGUUCGGAAUGUCAAUUUGAUGCCUGCUCAGAUUGUCUCAAAGAAUAUAAUGUUUCUUCUCAUCCCCAUCCCCUGGUCAAAGCGGAUUCUAACUAUGUCUAUCACAGGUUCUGUGGUGGUUGGAGGUGUGAUAACUGUGGCUCGUUACACAAUACACCAGAUGAUAACAAGCCUUGGCACUGUUUGCAGUGUGAGCAUGAUUUGUGCGAUGCCUGCAUGCAUCGGCUAAAUAAUGGCAUAUAUAAUUUUGGAGAUGAUCCAGGCCCUCCUCCAAGAGCUCUUACUCGCGAACAAGUAAUGCGAAAUCCACAUUUGGCAUUAAACCAUUCAAUAAGUGAGCCAAAAGAACCAAUGGUUUCUGCAAAAGCAGUAGAACACACAGAAAAACCACCUGAAGCAGUAGAAGAAGGUGAUGAAUGCAUAAUCUGCACAGAAAGACCAAAAAAUGCCACCAUCAUACAUGGGGAUACUGGUCACCUUUGUUGCUGCUGGCAAUGCGCACAGGUGGUGAAGAUGCGGGGUGAUCCAUGUCCAAUAUGUAGAAUGCCAAUUGACAAAGUUAUCAGGCAAUAUAAAGCAUAAUAAUAAUCUCAAGGUCAAAAAAAAUCAUGGUAGCUUAAUCACACUAGUGUCCGAAACGUCAGUAUGAUUUACCCUUUUAUCAUUACUAUUUUUACAAGGGUAACUUGGGUAUAAACAACUUCUUGAACUUUUUUUUAUUAUUCAAAUUGUUAAAUUGCUGUAACACGGAUUUACUGUGGUCACUCUAAUACCAUGCAGUGGGUGACCAGUGGCUAACAAUAAUUAAUGCAUAUAGAGGAUUGCAAACCAAUUAUUCGUGAAAAAACUUUGUAAGAAAUUAAGCAAAUUUGUACAAAUUAGGAAGUUCAGUAGACUAGACCUACAACACUUUGAACUAGCUUGUAAACGUUUGUUAGUUAACUUUUUCACAGAUAUAUGGUAUGCAGACUAUAAGACAUUUUUAACAGUUAAAGCUACACUGUACUACAUAAAAACUAGCUGUAUCUUACCAAAGGUGAUGGUGCUAAUUAAUCUAUUGAUAUAACAGGGUGCAACAUUUAUAGAUGCCGAGUAUAAAUUGUAGUUAUUUAUUAUGUCACAACCUAUUAUAUUAGUGUAUAAUCGAAUAUUAUAAGUACUUUUACAUUUAUAGACACGAGAUAAGUUACAUUAUGAUUCUGGUGUGCCAAAACCCUGUGAAGUCUAUUGUCUGACAUCUGGAUUAAGUUUGCUUGAGGUCUAAAGGCUCAGAUCAUAUGGUUGUAGUAAUAAUUAAGUUUUUUUCGUCACUUUCAAAUAUGUAGAAGGAUAUAUAAUUUUGUGUUAAUCUGAGAAACUAAGAAAAUGUGUUAGAUUCCAAGUCCAUGCAUAAUUCCACAUUACUUUCACCAUUUUUUUCUAUUAAUCAUACUUUUUGUCCAUUAUUUCAUAGGUUCUAACUAAAUUUCGUAAUUUUAAUCGUUAUUAUACAGCUUCUCAUUAAUCCCAUAUAAGUAACUGUCCAAUUAUUUUCUUAAUUGGACAUGUCUUGUUGAUAGGGGAUUAAUUAGGGAGCUAUAUAAUUAAUAGGUAAUAGGAUUUCAUGCUCCCCAAUCAAGAAAUAAUUAGACUCGAAAAAUUCCUCUGACUGCCAAAUUAGACUAAGCCUACGACCUCAUCCAAUUUUGUCAGUCCUCGGAAUUAUCCUCGUCCAAUUAUUCUUAAUUGGACAGCACGGAGUCCUAUUACAUAUACUUAUUAAUAUAAAUUACAUUAUACUAAGCCAUAUAACUUGAUAUCAAUACCAUGAGGUCUUUACUAGGCAUUGAUCUAAGUCUCCUUAGUUAAAAUAUGGGAUACCAAGUCUUUGUAAUUCUAAAAUAACUAUUAGUUCAAUAUUCUAACUAAGGUUUGUAAUUUUAAUCGUUAUUAAUACAAAUUAACACUGUGCUUUA